UCUUUUAUAUAAGUAAAGAAGAGAUGUAGAAGAAUAGUUUUCUCCUGGGUAAUCAAUCUUAUACAGCUCUAAAAUCUCCACCGGUCACCAUCUUUACCAAAUCUCGAUCCAGUUCUAUAUCUGUACUGAUCAUAAAAAAAGAUUCUAUAUCUGAACGGAAACUUGUGGCUAUUAGAAGUGAGAGACAAUUAAAGUUGUCUCCUUUUGGUGCGCAUGAGUUCAAACUUGGGUGUUUAGGCAGAGGCUGUGUCCCCAUCAACCGGUUUGAAGAUGAUUUAGGAUUCAGUUGUCAAGAAACUGGUUCUUGAGUUAAUAGAUUGAUUGCUUUGAAUUGGGAUUUUAAACUUUCGAUGCCAUUAAAUAGAAACAUCUUCAUAUAUUGAGGCAAGGUGUUUCAUUAGUCUUUCUGGGGUGGUUAAUUUUCUUGGUGAUAAAAAGUAGUUCCCAUCCAACUCACUGGGAGAUCGAAGAAAAGAUGCAAAGGGUACGUGUUUCAUCGCACCAAGCACCAGUACACAAGCUAGGGGAUUCCCAGAUGACAUUAUCCCCAAAAUUUAGACUACCUGCAAUCCAAUCUUCUUUAUUGGAUCCUUCUUUAGAAUUCGAACUAUCUGUGAAAGGGGAUCCACUCAUUCCAGGACUCCCAGAUGACAUAGCUCUCAAUUGCCUCCUACGAAUUCCUGUCCAAAAUCACACAGCGUGCAAAUCCAUUUGUAAGCGUUGGUAUUUCAUGUUUAGUAGUAAGGAGCAUUUUUUCAAUAGGAGAAGGGAACUUGGGUUCCACGAUCCAUGGCUUUUUGUAUUUGCCAUCCACAAAAGUACCGGAAAGAUUCAAUGGCAUGUUCUUGACCUAAACAACUUCUCUUGGCACAAUAUACCAACUAUGCCUUGCAAGGAAAAGGUUUGCCCACAGGGUUUCCGAUGUGUUUCGGUCCCACGUGAGGGGACUCUCUUUGUUUGUGGUGGGAUGUCUUCUGACGUGGAUUGCCCCCUCAACUUGGUAUUGAAAUACGAAGUGCAAAAGAAUCGUUGGACUGUAAUGAAAAAAAUGGACACUCCUCGUUCGUUUUUUGCUUGUGUUGUCAUUGAUGGGAUGAUUUAUGUGGCUGGAGGAAACAGUACAGAUCGGUUUGAGCUUAAUAAGGCUGAGGUCCUGGAUCUUGCAAAGGGGACUUGGCGUCCUAUUGCAAGCAUGGGAACAAGCAUGGCUUCAUAUGAUGCAGCGGUUCUGAAUGGGAAGCUCCUUGUGACUGAAGGUUGGUUUUGGCCUUUUUUUGUUGUACCAAGGGGUCAGGUUUACGACCCGAGAACUGAUAUGUGGGAAAGUAUGGCUUCUGGGCUUAGAGAAGGGUGGACUGGUUCGAGUAUUGUGGUUUUUGGGCAUUUGUUUGUGGUGUCAGAGCACGAAAGGACGAAACUUAAGGUUUAUGACAUGGAUACGGAUUCUUGGGAGUUUGUAGAAGGGCGUCAUUUACCGGAACAGAUAUGCAAGCCUUUCUCAGCUAAUUGCUGUGAUAAUAGGAUCUUUGUUGUGGGACGUAAUCUCAAUGUUGCUGUGGGUUAUAUCUCUAGGGUUAGCUUGGAUGGCUCGGGUGAGAAAAAAUGGAGAUUCUCUGUUCGAUGGCAAGUGGUGGAUGCACGAGAGGAUUUCUCUGAUUUGACACCUUCUAGUGCUCAGGUUCUGUUUGCUUAAUUCCUCAGUUUGCUUCUUGUAUCAUGUUUCACUACUUGUUGGUUGAGUUGUAAAGAUUUAAAUGUCUAGAGCGAUGAUAGAUGUGUGCAAGGCUUUUAAAGUUCUCCAAUCAGGUGUACUAAUAGUAUGUGGCUUAACUAUACAUGUUUCCUUUGUUAUUUUGUUUGAUCGCCCAAUGUGCCGGGUCAAACAAUGACAAUCUUGAUUGAAGAAACGUUUUUCUUUUAUAA